UACAAUGUAAAAGAUAUAUAUUCUUAGCUUAAAAAGUAAUUAAGAAGAUAGGCUUAUAUUUUUAUUUAAAGUUACUCAUUUUAGGUGCUACAGUUAAAAUUGUAGCCUCAAACUUAUCAAAUUAAAUUCGGAAUUUAAAUUCGGAUACAUAGUUGCAAGAGCUACGUUCAAUACACUGUACUGCGUCUCUCCGAUAAUGUCAAAGCUACGUCCACGCACUAACGGGAAAAAGCAUAAAAUACUCGGAUGACCAUUGGAGCAUUCCCCGAACAUCUCCACACAUACAUAUCGCAGAGAGAGAGAGACGAGUUAGAGAGAGAGAUGUGCACCUUGGAGAAGCGUGGCCGGGUCUAUGUGCUAACCAUAACGGGCGGCGAAGAGCACCGCCUCAACCCGACCCUGAUCUCCGCCAUCCGCGCCGCCCUCGCCCGCGUCCGCUCCGCCGCCCUGCGCGGCGGCGGCGGCGGCGCCCUCGUCACCGCGGCGGAGGGCAAGUUCUUCUCCAACGGGUUCGACCUCGCGUGGGCCAAAACCGUCCCCGCCGAGCACCACGCCGCCAUGGUCGGGGGCCUCCGCCGCGCCGUCACCGACCUCCUCUCCCUCCCCAUGCCGACGAUCGCCGCCGUCACCGGCCACGCCGCCGCCGCGGGGUGCCUCCUCGCGCUCAGCCACGACUACGUGCUGAUGCGGGCCGAUCGCGGGUUCUUCUACAUGAGCGAGCUCGACAUCGGGAUCCGGUUGACCGACUACUUCAACGCGGCGCUCCGGAACAAGAUCCCCGCCGCGCGGACGCGCCGCGACGUGGUGAUGCGCGCCGCGCGGAUGACCGCGGCGGAGGCGGAGAGCGCGGGGGUCGUCGACCGCGCCGUGGGGGGCGGGGCCGCGGCGGUGGUGGAGGAGGCGGUGAGGAUGGGGGAGGAGCUCGCGGCGAGGAAUUGGGACGGUGAGGUGUACGCGUCCGUUCGGAAAGGGGUUUUCGCGGAGAUGUGGAGAGCGGUGGCCGAGGAAGGGGAUGGGGACGGGGACGGGGACGGGGACGGGGACGAGGACGACGAGGAGAAGGAGAAGAAGGGGGCGGCGCGUUCGAGGCUCUGAGCUCAAUUGUCAGAAGCGAAGGUAUGUUAUUGUAUGGCCCAGAAGCCGUUGCAAAUCAAUUCUGACAUCCUCUUAUGUAGAGUUGAAAACAAGAGUCUAAAAUAAAAUUAUUUAUUGUUCGACUCUAAGAAAAAGCUAUUUUGCGAGUGCAAAUUACC